CUCGAUAAAAAAAAAUAAGAAGAAGAAAUGUUUUUUUCUUACAUCCGUACGAUUAUUUCUUUAAAACCUCAACAAUCGUUUCCCGUUUUAACCAAACUAAUCAAACCAAGAUUCAUUCCAACACAGCACCAUUUAACGGUAGCCGCGGGAUGCGAAAGUCCGAUUUAUUGCAACGGGAAAUUAUUAACAACAAUUCAAAACUCGGGAAUGUUCGUCGAUUCGAAAACUUUCGUCGAUAUGAAAAUGAAAAAGACAGUUUUUGAAACUGUGGGAGCUUUCCACUCACUCAUGUAUCAAUACGAAGACGAACCAUCCAGAGAGGUGCUCGAAAGUUUCGUGCGAGACCACUUCGAAUACGAAAACGAACUCGAAGAUUGGUUUCCCCCCGAUUUUAACCCAGAACCGCGAUUUUUAACGCGAAUCCCAGAUCCCGAAGUGCGAAGUUUCGCGAAACGUUUGGUUUGGUUGUGGCCAAAAUUAGGAAGAAAAUUAAAAAACGAUAUUUAUCGAAACACCGAUAAAUACUCUAUGGUACCUUUAAGUAACGGAUUAAUCGUACCAGGUGGAAGAUUUCACGAGAUUUAUUAUUGGGAUACUUAUUGGAUUGUAAAUGGAUUAUUAAUAUCGGAGAUGUAUCAUACCGCGAGGGGAUUAAUCGACAAUUUAAUUUACAUGGUUAGAGUUUAUGGAUUCGUCCCAAACGGUGGUCGAAUUUAUUACGCGCAAAGAUCCCAACCACCACUUUUAAUCCCAAUGGCCGCGAAAUACGUCCAAUACACAAACGAUUUAGCUUGGUUAAAAAAAAACAUCAUCUUUUUAAAACGCGAAAUGAAAUUUUGGAAAAUGAAACGAUUCCUAACCGUCGAAAAAUUCGAUAAUCAAUACGAUUUGGCGUAUUACGCCGUGGAAGGAUAUGGACCAAGACCGGAAUCGUACCAUGAAGACGCCGACUUAGCAGUGCAUUUAGAAAGUGAAGGGGAACGAGAAGAAAUCUUUACGAAUCUUAAAUGUGCCGUACAAAGCGGUUGGGAUUUCUCAUCGAGGUGGAUUUACGAUGAUAAUGGGGAUUGUAAAGGGAGUUUGGCGCAAACUCAAGCGAAAUAUGUUGUUCCCGUUGAUUUAAACGCCUUCCUUCACUUGGCGUACCUUUCCAUGGCUUAUCUUUAUGGGAAAUUAGGAAAUUAUGAACGCAAAGUGUAUUGGUGGCAAGAAGCGAAAAUUUUGGCCCAUUCCAUCAAAGAGAUUUUAUGGGACGAGGAAGAUAACAUGUGGUACGAUUUUAAUGUUAAGUUGCGCGAGCACCGAAAAAUGUUUUAUGCGUCUAAUUUAACACCGUUAUGGACCGGGUGUUUCCCGAAAUCGGAGGCGAAAAGAUAUGGAAAAGCGAAUGCUGAUUAUUUGGUGCGAACUGGAAUUAUGGAUUAUAAAGGGGCGAUUCCGACUUCGUUGGAGUUUUCUGGCCAACAAUGGGAUUUUCCAAACGCUUGGCCACCGUUACAAGCAAUUAUUGUGCAAGGUUUAGAAUCUUCCGGACAUCCGGAUGCCGUUCGUUUAGCUCGAGAAUUGGCGGAACGUUGGGUUACAACCGUCGUUCAAGGAUUUAAAGAAACCGGGGAUAUGUACGAAAAAUAUAAUUGUAUGGAAGUCGGGAAAUAUGGUGGAGGAGGGGAAUAUAUCAUCCAAACCGGGUUUGGGUGGACCAAUGGGGUUUCUUUGGAAUUUAUUGUGAAAUAUUAUAGCAAUUAAUUUUUUGUAUCCAAUAAAUUAACGAUUAAUACAUGAUGAUACUUUAGAAAUUGUAGAUUCUAUUGUAAAUACAACUUAAAUCAGAUCAAAGAAUCCUUAUAAAU